AUGGUGGCGCGAGAGUACCUGGUAACCGCGACUACACCUUCUACCCGCAGGCCUUCCACCCAACGUAUGGAAACUCUCAUCCAGCCAGCCGCCCGCCUCCUCAACUCGCUCUACACCGCUUAUACAGGGAAUAUGAGCGACCGCAAUGAGGGCGCAGACGUGCUGUCGUCGGCUACUUCCAGGGCUACUCCAACAUCAAGAGAAGCGGCGCCACAGCGCCAGCGCCCCUCCUCGCAACGAAGGGCCGGGGCAGCGACCUGCUUUUAUGGACACCAGCCGGUGGCCCCGCUCCGCGAAGACGGGAAGGCUUAUACUGCUCAUAUUAGCGAGCUACAGCACCACUACGGCGACCGCCUUGCCUCCCACCGGGAGACCGAGAUCUGGUUCAGCCAGCUAGGCCGGGACGCAUUCAAGAGCCAUGCAGCUGUGACGGAAUAUGUGACGGAACUCAUGCGGGAGAUGUGGAUCCCCCAGACGAAGCUCUUCAUAGCUAACCAACUACGGCGCAGGCUGCAAGAAGGUAGUAGCGACACUGGUAGUAUGCCUAUUACCUUAGAGCAGAAAGAGGCGUGUAAGUCUGCUGUUGAGGCGUGGGAAGCGGCGCCAGACGCCUUCACCCAUGUGGCGCUACAGCGGCUAAUUGACGGUCUCACCUCAGGCGGCUCGCGCAUAAAAAUAACCUUGUCGAGGACGCGCACCAGGCACGACUUUGCUACUCAGCUUCUCCGCGUUGUCUCUACUGAGAAGGGGCGGGCAGCAUCCGCGCCAGUCAACGCGACAUGGCCGGACCAUCUACAGGCGGCCAUAACUAGCGGCAACCAGGCCAGCAACGGACUCAAGCCCGACGAGUGGGUCUCCGUUGAUAGCCAGCAGACUCCUCGCGGCCGGUGUUGA